UCCUUUUGUAGGUUUGGUUUCAAAAUUGACUUUUUGUUUCUGUACAAGUCCGGUAGAGGAGUGAGCUUCCAAUGGUUUAUAAACUAAGUCUCCCCUGUAUUCGUUACUUAUUCCUCUGGACUAUCCUUCUGUAUCUCUCCGUCUGUUAUAUAUCAAGAAACAUUCCGUCCAUGCUGGCUCUCCAGUUGUCCAAGAAAAAGACAAUUCGUUCCCCUGACGAGGACCCUGUGGAUUUUACCUGUAUUUGGAGCGCGGUGGACGAGAGAGAAAAAUGUAAACCGAACUGUAAGCCGGGAUACUUUGGGCUGUACGGAAUGAGAAGUUGUCACCCUUUGCUAACGUGUGAGGAGGUCGGGGAACUGAACAUCUCCUCGGAGAUAGGGAACCAGGGAUUCGUCAAAGAGGUUUGGCAGUCAAGUUGGAAUUCAUUUCCUGUGGUCGUGAAAAAAUUACGGCGUCACGACAUCGGGGGAAUCAUAGCUAGACCCGGCUUCUUCAGGGGAAUAGACCUCAUGAAAAACUCCCCACAGCGUUCAGUUUUACUUCAGUUAGUGGGACAAUGUAACGACACCAUCGUCACGGAAAUCCAUCCGUUACUGGACGCGCGAUACCUAGAAACGCGACUUAAGGAGUAUCCUCAAUACAAUACAUUGUCAACCAGAAUGAAGUUAUGUAUAAGCUACGUGGACAUCUUAAGAGUGCUGCACUCAGGCAUCGACAAGAGAAUAUAUGUACAAUGUGAUGCGCGUUCUCUGAAUAAAUUGACAGGACAGUUUCUUCUUACAGAAGACUUCCGGUUAGUGCUCAGUGACGUAGAUUCCAUGGAGGCGAUUAUUUUAAACGAGACGAGCAGACGACUGAUUAAAUGUACGGACUGGGGGCAAGUGACCGGCUACUUUCCUGCCCCGGAGGAGUUGUGGCCGUACACAGGGAUGUUCGACGCUUCCAGGAUGCCGUUGUAUGACGAAAAAAUUGAAAUUUGGAAAAUUCUUGACAUGUGUUUGUCCUUUUUGGGAGAUGAUCAUUCUGCACUUAAGGUUAAACGUUCUCUAAAAGAAAUUCAUAAAUGGUGCAAGAACCCCAAUCCCCGGAAAAGACCGUCCGCGGAAGAAGUGUUACACGCUUACGUGAGAGUUUUACGUGACGUCAUAAAAAGUCGUGUGAAUAUAUUACUGUCACCUUUUGGACUGGAUACACCAGCUAUGCAAUCAUUGUCGCAUUGAUUA